AGCAUCUUGCGUUUUGUGCUUUUCUCGUUCAGCUUGUGGCUCCCGCGAUUCUGUUCCGAUCCGGUAAUAUUCAUCCCGAUUGUUUUAUCAUUCCGGGAACGAGGAAGUUAACGUGGUCGUGUUGACGUGGCAGCAACCAACGGAUAAAAUGCUGAGAUCAUUGUUUGUUGCUUUGGCCGUGUCGGCUGUGUUUGCCGGCGUGCCGACUCCUGAGGAAACAAAGCGGAUAAUGGACCGUCUUUCGGAGGCCGAACACUUUAAAAACGAGCACCAUAACAAGCAGUUUGAUCACGAUGCCUUUUUAGGCGAAGAUCAGGCCAAAACAUUUGAUCAGCUGCCUCCUGAAGAGAGCAAAAGGAGAUUGGGAAUCAUCGUGGACAAGAUUGACGCGGACAAGGACGGGUUCGUGUCGCUGGUGGAACUAAAGGAUUGGAUCAGGUACACUCAGAAGCGGUACAUCAAUGAAGAUGUCGACCGCCACUGGAGACAGCACAAUCCUAAUAAUGAUGACGUCAUUCCUUGGGAGGCAUACAGAAAGAAUGUCUACGGCUUCAUGGAUGAGAUGGAUCCCAAGGAGCUGAAGACUCCCAACAGCGAAGGUUUCACAUACUCCAACCUCCUGAAGAGAGAUCGCAGGAGGUGGACUUACGCCGAUGCGGACCAAAACGAUGCGUUGAACCAAACGGAGUUCGCGGCCUUCUUACACCCAGAGGAUCACUCGGAAAUGAGGGACGUGGUUGUGCUAGAGACUAUGGAGGACAUUGAUAAAGACCAGGUAAUUAUAACACAGAACGGUAAGGUGUCUAUAGAAGAGUACAUCGGCGACAUGUACAAGCCGGAGGACGGCGAGGAUGAGGACGAACCCGACUGGGUCAAACAGGAGAGGGAACAGUUCAAUGGAUACAGAGACACGAACAAGGACGGUUUCAUGGAUGAGAACGAAGUGAAAGAUUGGAUCGCACCUCCAGAGUUCGACCACGCUGAGGCAGAAGCGAGACAUCUAGUCUUCGAGGCAGACACAGAUGCCGAUGAAAAACUCACUAAAGACGAAAUCUUAGAAAAGUACGACCUAUUUGUAGGCUCCCAAGCCACAGAUUUCGGUGAAGCCCUCGCUCGCCACGACGAGUUCUAAAUAAGGUAGAGUAAAGCCAACGAGACGAGAUUGCUUUGGAAAAUGAAUCUUACAAUUGUGUGACAUAGUUCAGUUUUCAUUGAUUCUCAGUUUGUCAUUUAAAACUCAACCUAGUUCCUAAAUUAAUAAGGUUGAUUUUUGUGUGAGGGAAUUAAUUUCGUCUUGUUGGCAUUACUGUAACCGUUUUACUCAGAAACGUUGUUUAAAAUAAGAAUAAGAAGAAAGUGUUGAAGUUUUCAGCCAGUCCGAAGUCUUCCAUACAAAAAGUAGAAAAAGUAUUGAAUUGAAAUAGUCCCGUUUUUAUAUAGACAAAUAAAAUGGUCUCGAAUAUUGUAACAAUCUGUACAUUACGUAACUUACGUAUUUAGUUGCCCACAACAGCGUUUGUAAACUUAUUUUCUUUAUUCUCUUCAUUUGACACUUAAUAUUCCACGCAGCUAUUAACUAGGAAAGCUAUUAAACAAUGUUAAUGAGUAAUUAACGUUUUUAUCUAAUAUGUGAUACAAAAUUUUAUAUUUUGAGGCUGGUAACAUUUGCAGCAUAGAUUACAAACUUUUGAAGUGUUAAUGUCAGAUCUGUAUUUUUUUAUCCAAGAAGGUUCAAGUUGCUUUUGCAUACUUUUUAUACUGAAUAGACUUAGCUAUUUAAUAUCGAAUCUCUGUGGCAUUACUACUUUGUUAAUACAUAACUUAGUUUAUAAGUAUUUUAGUUUCUAACAACAAAACCAAAGUUAGGUUCCAGCGAAUACUACAAUAAAUAACCUGUCGAAUGAUCUAGAAUAUUUUCUUAUGAUUUUUUUUACUAUUGUAUUUUUUUCGUACAUUGCAAUGAAUUGAAAUAUUUUGUAGUGUAUUGUAUCUAUGUACGUAUUAGCAUUUAUUAAAAUUAAUAUUUUUUUUGUAUGAUACGUAUUUCUAGAUAUUGGGUAGAGGAAAUGCAAGACCUUUUUUAUGCAUUUGUUUUUGAGACAAAGUUAUUGAACAUUCCAAAAUCAGGCAUUUAUUUGUAGAAUUUUUUAGCGUGGUGAUCUUGAAAGAAACCAAGUGUGGAUGAGUUAAUAAAUAAUAAUAAUAAUAAAGAUUCAUAGACAUUGCCUUGUAUAAAAAAUGAGGAUAAUUGUGCGGGACUGGAGUUAAAUCAGAAAUUUAACGAUUUUGUUGUAAUAAAGUUGAAAAUCUAUCAAAUUAAUAUGCGAUUUUCUAUCGUAAUCAUUGUUGAACCUUUAACUAAGGUCGAUUUGAUAUUUUGUCUUCACUUAGUAAUAUGAACCUCUGGUAAAAUCUCCAAUAGAUAGUCUGCGUCGCUGGUCGAGUAGACACAAGCGCUAGUACCGAGCACGAUUUCUUACUCGGCAGUUUCGAUUAAAGUAUAAAUUGUCUCGUAUUUCAGCAAAAGUAUGAGUUUAGAAUUGAUCCCACAUGAUAAUAAACCUCAAAUUCUGCCAUAACUUAUUAUCAUAAGUAGACGAAGUCCCAGGCAAAAGUUACAAGGGACUUGUAAUAGGUAGCUAGCUCAGUUCGCACCCUAUAGUACUAAUGGUAUUGGUUAAAAUGUGCUGUGUUGACGAGUCUACUUAGCCCUUCGUACUCUAUGAUGCAUUUCUUCCACCCUUUAUUUUAAGUGAUCGGUACUUAACAUUAUAAGAGUAAUAAGAUGUUCUUUGACUAGGUGUAAAGCAAUAACGUUCUGAUUCUAACUGAAACAUUGUGUUCAUAUAUUUGUUCUGCGAAGUACAAUAAUGUAUUAAUGACUUGUAUUGUAAUGACAGCUUAUAUUCAUAACGGAAUAAAUAUUUUUUUCGACUA